UCACCUCGUCACCAUCGUUAAUCUGUCAUCGUAUGGAUUGAUUGUAUAUAUUCAUUCUUUAUGUUUAAAAUAACGUAAUAAACUAUAUUUUGUGCUAAAUAAUCAUUAUAAUAAUCUAAAGUGGCGUUAUUAUAUAUAAAAAAUGUCGAAAUUCGAGGAUAAUCCAUUUAGUGAUCCAGCCAUAGACAAUCCUUUUGCGGACCCAGCGGUGCAGCAAGUGGCUAGAAGUACUAACAAUGCCACGCAGGGCCUCGAUGAUUACAAUCCAUUUGAGGGGCAACAAAAUGCUAAUCAGGCUACGCCCGCUCAGCAACCAACACAGCCAGCGAUAAUGCAAGCUGUCUCCCCUCCAUCUACUGGAGAAUACACUCGACCAAACCCCCCACAACAGAGUGAAGGCCCUCCACAAAAUUUCACCACAGCUGAUUUUCAAGAGCUAAAGAGACGACAGGAGGAAUUAGAACGCAAGGCUGAGGAAUUAGCAAGGCGUGAAGCUGAACUUAGGGCGGGGUCGGCCGGUAGACGGAAUAAUUGGCCACCGUUGCCUGCUUUUUGUCCGGUCCAACCAUGCUUUUACCAAGACAUCAACGUGGAUAUACCCCUGGAGUUCCAAAGAAUCGUUCGACAUUUAUAUCACCUAUGGAUGUUUCACGCACUAGUGUUGGCAUUGAAUAUAAUUGGUGGCAUGUCAUUACUGUUUGCCGGUCAAGGUUUCACCGUCUUUGGCCUAUCGAUACUGUACUUUGUGCUGCUAACGCCCUUCAGUUUCAUUUGCUGGUAUAGGCCCAUAUAUAAGGCGUUUAGAAGCGAUUCGUCAUUCAAUUUUAUGGUCUUUUUCUUCAUAUUCCUUUUCCAAACUAUAAUAACGUUGGUACAGUCGAUCGGAUUCAGUGGUGGAGGCUCGUGCGGACUUAUCACGAGCAUUUCAGCGUUUAAAGAAAAUGUCGGAGUGGGGAUCAUUACUCUGAUAGUGACUAUCGGCUUCAUCACGGCCGUCGUAGCUGAUGUUAUGCUCAUUACUAAGGUGCACCGCAUCUACCGCUCGACGGGCGCGUCGCUGGCGAAGGCGCAGGCGGAGUUCACGACGGAGAUCCUGCGCAACCAGCACGUGCAGACCGCCGCCUCCAGCGCCGCCGCCGCCGCCGUCAACGCGCAGAUCGCCAACGCCAACCGAUACUGAGCCGCCGCCCG